GCAGAUGCUGAAGGAAAUGCGAGAAUCUUUCGUUACAGGUGAAGGAAAUGCAAAUCGUGAGGGUAUGAGAGGCAGUGCCAUAGCCACGCAGCCCCUAUUUGUUUAUCUGUUAAAGGAGGAGUCCUAGCAUGAGAUACAGCCUGCUGAACUGUAAACUGGAACCUGACCUAGCCUGUUGCAUUGUAACUGCAACCCGACCCUGAACUAUGAGCUGCCUUAAAUCGUGAGAGGAAGCCAAGCAGAUUACGCAACCUUUGCCCAACUACUACUACACUUUUCAGGAUGAAGAUGCUGCUUACAGCCAGCAGCUCACUCGGGUUACAGACUUUAAAGGUUCCAGCUAGCUUUCGAGGCUGAUUCCAUCAGUACAACAAGCUGGCACGAGGAAUUAGUACAGAACAACGAGACGGAACGCGGCACAGCGUGUGCAGCUCCACGAGCUAAACUCUGACAGCUGCAGCCUACACACGCGCUGCCACGCUCUCCAUGUAAGUGACCCGAUCCAACUGACGGGAUUCAGGACCCGGAGACAGCCGCAGAAUGACGGACGUGCUGCUGAUAACAGCCAAUGUGGGAUCGCUCUUCGAAAAUCUCGGAGACCUGAAGAAGGGGUGGCUGUGUGAAUUCUAUAAGCUGGUUCACAAGCUCAAACCACAGUUUAUUGCACUUCACUGCCAAGAAAUUGGAGGAAAGGACUAUGAGCUAAACAUGAGCCAGGUGGAGACCUUCUUCAGGCUGUUCCUUACGAGUGUUGAAAUGAAGGCCUACGACAGAGUGCAGGGUUACCUGGACACAGACUUCACGUCCGUGAACACAUUCACUGCCUUGGGAAGCAUGUAUUUUGUACAUGAAUCGCUAACAGACAUCCAACAAUAUAACUUUCAAGUAAAACAGUUCUUUCAACUUUCUGAAAAAGAGCUUCACUUGGGAAACCUUGAAAGACAUCCUUUUCUAGAGAAGGAGAAGUUUUCUCCAAAAUUCUGGCCUGAGUUUAAAUGGACCAGAAAAGGUUACACAAGAACUCGCUGGCUUAUUGGAAAUCGUAAUUUUAAUCUAGUAAACGUGCACCUUUUCCAUGAUGCAUCAAACCUUGUGGCCUAUGACUCCAGUCCUUCCUUUUAUUGUGGGAAUAGAGCUGAAGCCCUCAGAUAUGUCAUCAACAGGGUCAAGGACAACAAUCAUUUAUCACUGCCUUUCUUCCUUUUUGGUGAUUUUAAUGUCAGGUUAGACACACGAAGUCUUAUUCAGAACCUCUGUAGCACCGGAGAGAUCCAGCUGGUGAAGAAUGUCAGUAGUAAUGAGGUAGAAAAGAUCAUCUGUGAGGAGAAUGACGGAAAUAAGCAGGUUCUCCUUCAUAUUGAGACAAAACUGUUUGAAUAUCUGUAUACAGAAAUCUUCAGGGCGGAUAACGGUCAAGCAUUACAUCAGUACGAUCAAGAACUUUCUGCCUUCUCUGAUGAUCUUGUUGAAGAAGAUAUCCAUUUUCCACCCAGCUAUCCGUAUAGUGAAGACUGCACACAGCCCACACAGUAUAUGAACACUCGGUGCCCUGCAUGGUGUGAUCGCAUCUUGAUGUCAUAUGCUGCUAGCAAUAUGGUCCAUGAGGCAGAGCAGUGUGAAAAUCCUUACAAGAAGAGAAAGGUAGAUGAACGUAAGCCGACCCAUAUGAUAUAUGAUAAUAUAGGACCAAAUGUCUGUAUGGGAGACCACAAGCCAAUUUUCCUCUUCUUUCGGUUACAGACUUAAAGGCACUACAAAAAGAAAAUCUGGAAACUUUUUUGGGUACCCCUGCGGGAACAUGAUGGACCUUCUAGAAACUUGUGUGUCAGCAAGUUGUUGGUGAAUCAAGAGGCAGCCUUCAACAGGAGAAGUAUGACAGUGCAUCCAAAGACACUGUGACCUGGGUUCAAAUGCACCCUCUUUGGGGGUGGUAUUAGAGGAUAUUAGUUAUAUUAUCUGUGCUGUUUGCACUCUUUAUAAGCUUUUAUAUUUCAUAGUGGUAUUAUUGUUUUAAUAAUUUGAUAUUUGUUGGAGAGGUUUUAUAGGACCAUGUUUCUAGUGACAUACAUUUCAAGUUCUCUGAAACAAUUAUUGGUGCUUGACUUCUAUGAGUCGUCAGAGCUCCGCAAGGCUUUUACAUUUUGGUAGGGCUGGUCAGAGUUCACAUAGCUUUUACAUUUGGGUAGUGGUUCUUUUUAGUUAGUUCUGGAUUUCUGCAAUUGUAGUUUCAGAAUUAACCAUUAGAACUGUGUACCAUAUGAAGUAACUAAUUUUAUUGUAUAAUAUAUAUAUAUAUAUAUAUAUAUAUAUAUAUAUAUAUAUAUAUAUAUAUAUAUAUAUAUAUAUAUCAUUACUCAUGGUUUGUGUCUGCCUACUAAAGUUUCUCAUAGGACACAGCAGGACAUCACUGACUGAGAUUAGAAGUAAAUGAGACACAGGAACUUUGUUGACACAGUAUAACUUAGUGUCAGAUAAAUCCUAUAUAAACUUAUUUUCUUAGAUUUCAGUUGCCAGUCCUGGAUUUCAGAAUCUGACAACAACAGGUAGCCACCACUGUUUCAGAAUCUACUGCAUAUCUGAUAUGCCUUGUAUAGGCUUGUGACAUCACCACACUGGGCCAGUAAUCAAGGAGGCUGUAUCCUCACCACUGACACUGGAGAGGGACGUGUACUUGGAAUACAGAUUGAUUCACUAAGUAUUUCCAGAUGCAGACCUCUCUGCAUCAGGCAUCAUUUCCCUUAAGAGCACACAGGGCACCCACUCAGCCUGCGGUCUGGGUGUCUCUAUCUGCCUCUCCCCGGGUCCCCAUAAGGCUCCCUACUGGCACUGUGAAACCAGUGCUUUGUGUCCGUGCCUCAAGUAGCUGACACACACACACUCUUUGAGAUUUAAUUUUCACACACACACUUGAGAAAGGCUGGCACAGAUUAUCCGCUCUACCAACUUUGCCCAGACUAUAAGGUAGAUUCACUACCACCAGUUACUUACUAUAUGGCUCUUAAAAGGGUAUCCAGUUAUGCUGAGUGAAGUUAAUACUAGUACAAAUGGUAAUGUUGAUCAAACAGUAAGGCUUUCAGGAGUGCCCAGAGUUAUCACCAAAUAAAUAUGUGCAAAUACUCGCAAAGCUUAAAUAUUUUCUAAAAAGGACCAGCCACAAUGAAAAGUUUAAAUAUAUUUAAUAAUAAAAGAACAAGAAAAUGCUGAAUACAUAUUUAUAGUAAACCACAGAGUUUAAAUCACAGGAAAUAUUGAAAAUAACAUUGAUGGACAGACUCAUACAAAUAAAGAAAAACAAUCUCUAAACUAAGCUUCACUAUAUACAUGUGAUUUACUGUUACAGUGACUUACUGAAUCUAGGAAAAUUAGUAUUCCCUAAUAACUUACUUGAUAGAGCAAAUCACACUGAAAUACAUGAGCAGUCUUUCUAGUCAGGUUCCCCAAAAUGGAAUAUUCAAUACUCAG